AUGUUUGUUAAAGGGGCAGAUCAUGGUAGUGCUUCUGCCCGCUGCCUCCAAGUGAUGCUUCGAAAAUCACUAGUGCUUUUCAAGAAAAAUGGCCUUUUUCCAAGAAUUUGUUUACUUUUUCUUGGAAUUUGUCUAGUGCUUCAAUGCAGCAAUAGUGCUUUUGCCCUCCAAUUUUUUCCGAUGAUCUGCCCCUUGCUUUAA